CAUCGUUUUGGUUGGUUGGUUGUUUGGUUGGUUGCGCCUGAUUUGAUGAUCGCCGCGCUCAGUUGGUGGCUGGAUGACUGACUGGAUGAGAGAGAUGCCGGAAAAGAUGCCUUGGCACUGGUUUUGCGCAACAGCACUGGCAUCGAGCGAACGAAAGGCGGUGCCAGCAAGCGGUCACCAAUGGUACCGAACACCGAAGGGGCGGUCCCUCGGUCUGCAUUGCGCUGGGAUACUGGCAAGCCGAUGGCAGUUCGAAAGAACGAACGACGCACCGAAGUACCACCCAAGCAUGGCACCGAAAACCGGCGGCGGCGGCGGCGGCGGAAAGGCAGCGAAAAGGCGGCAACGGCUGCAACGGGCAGCGGCAGCGGGAGCGGGACCAAGGCUCAGAAAAACAUCGUCAAGGGCGACAAACAACCGAAGCGGAAACUACGGAGGAAGGAAAGCUACGCCAUCUACGUUUACAAGGUGUUGAAGCAGGUCCACCCGGACACUGGCGUCUCGUCGAAGGCGAUGAGCAUCAUGAACAGCUUCGUAAACGACAUCUUCGAGCGUAUCGCGGCCGAGGCCUCCCGUCUGGCGCACUACAACAAACGCUCAACGAUCACCAGCCGCGAGAUUCAGACCGCCGUUCGCCUCCUGCUGCCGGGCGAGCUGGCCAAGCACGCUGUCUCGGAGGGCACCAAAGCCGUCACCAAGUACACCAGCUCCAAGUGAACAAGCGAGGUUUUCGGAGACGUACCCCCACAGAUACCAAAACGGCCCUUUUCAGGGCCCCAGCGGCACUCACAGAGG